AUGGGCCACCGACUGUCUAAUGUCACCAUCCUCCUGCUGAACAAGUGUUAUUUCUGUUCAGGGCCUAUCUACCCUGGCCAUUGCAUGAUGUUCAUCUGCAACGAUUGCAAGGUGUUCGGAUUUUGUAAAUCUAAAUGUCAUAAAAACUUUAAAAAGAAGCGCAAUCCUCGCAAAGUUAGGCUGACCAAACCAUUCCAGAAAGGAGCUGGUAAAGAGCUUACAGUAGAUAAUUCAUUUGAAUUUGACAAACAUAGAAAUGAACCUAUCAAAUACUAGCGAGAGCUAUAGAAUAAAACUACUGAUGCAAUGAAGAGAGUUGAUGAGAUCAAACAGAAGGCCGAAGCUAAAUUUAUAAUGAACAGAUUGAAGAAAAAUAAAGAGCUACAGAAAGUUCAGGAUAUCAAAGAAGUCAGGCAAAGCAUUCAUCUUAUCCAAGCCCGUCUUGCAGGCAAAGGGAAGGAGUUGGAAGAGAAAAUGGUACAGCAGUUACAACAGGAUGUGGACAUGAAGAUGCUUCUUAAAUAUCUCUUGGUGCUGGAGAGAGGGGAGAAAGGAGUAAAAGAGAUUUUAAAGCCUUGCAUGUUCCCCUGGGAGGCCAGGGUGCACGAACAACUCAUGAAUGGAUAUUUGGCUGAGGUGUGA